CGCUCGGUGGCAUCACACGCUUUCGAGCAGUUGCCCACAGCUGAUACUACCACUUCUCCAAGACCCUACCACACCACCACGAUGGCCGACGCUGCCCCUGCCGCUACCCCCACCAAGAAGGCCACCAAGGCCAAGGCUGCCCCCAAGAAGCCAGUGCACCCCUCCUACGCCGCGAUGAUCGCUGACGCCAUCGGGGCCCUGAAGGAGCGCUCUGGGUCAUCCCGCCAGGCCAUCCUCAAGUAUAUCGUCGCCCACAACAAGGUCGGAGACGAGAAGAAGGCUGGUGUUCGUGUCAAGCUGGCCCUGAGGAAGCAGGUCCAGACUGGUGCCCUGAAGCAGGUGAAGGGCUCCGGUGCAUCUGGCUCCUUCAAGCUCGCUGAAGAUGUCAAGGAAGCCAAAGCCAAACCCGCCAAGAAGAAGGUCGUGAAGAAGCCUGCUGCCAAGAAAGUCGUGAAGAAGCCUGCUGCCAAGAAAGUCGCCAAGAAGCCUGCUGCCAAGAAAAUCGCAAAGAAGCCUGCUGCCAAGAAAGUCGCUAAGAAGCCUGCUGUCAAGAAAGCCGCUAAGAAGGCCGUGAAGAAGCCUGCUGCUAAGAAGACCGCUAAGAAGCCUGUUGCAAAGAAGCCCUCUCCCAAGAAGGCGGCGAAAAAACCUGCACCCAAGAAGUAAGCUGCUGACCCCCGACGAAAUGGCCCUGGCGUGAGGAUUACUUCUACAAGACUUAGUGUAAUUUAUACAAAUUUAUAUUGUACCUGAUCCCCGUAAAUAUUUUUGUACAUAAUAUAUAUUUAUUUUAUUGAUAA